GAUGAUUUAUAUUGACACCCAUUUGUUACAAUCUAAGUUAAUGCAGAAUGCCAAGCCGUCACUGUUAUCCUUGUCAAUCAUCGUCAUUACCAAAUGAAGUGAGUUUUUCCCUACAUACUUCGUGCUUGGUGCUUGGUGCUUCGUGCUUCGUGCGUACAUCCAUCCAUCCAUCCAUCCAUCCAUCCAUCCAUCCAUCCAUCCAUCCAUUCGGCGUACAUAAUCUUUGUGUCUGACUUCAAAACUUCACUCAUCUAGAUUCUUUCACUCUAUACAACACAACUAGUAGCUACCGUAGCCCCCUCGUCUUUUCUUAUCGAUAUCGAUACCGACAGAUAGCAUAUCACCCCCCCUCCCCCUUUACUUAUCAUCUCGCUCCUUCUUAUCAUUAUCAUCGUCUCCAAAGAUUCACCAGCCCUCCCGCUAUCUAGAUCUGUCUGCGGAACACGGAGUCAAGGUGGCUGGUCAUCAAUGACAUAUAAUCGCCUCAUCUGCAUCUCCAAUCCCCCGAGAAGAAGGCGAUUUCCCGUAUCCAGUAUUCCGCUCGCUAUCUGACAAACGAUUCUCUUUCUGGUCCGACAUUCCGCCAUACUUGACAAUUUCCAUGUUGGAUAUUUUUCAUCGUAUCCAUUUUUUCCCACUCCACACUGGCCACGAUUCCCAAUUAGUAUUGGCGCAAAGGUUUGAAUCAAGCCCAUUCCAGGAAGUCACUUCUUAGCUACCGAAGAAUACCGGUAUCAGGGGUGUUCGCUUUCUUUUUGCCCCACUAGGGAAAUUAUUUGCUUCGAGACCCAUUCCCUUCUUUACCUCAUUGUAUAGUAUCAUCCUAAGGUUUUCAUUGGUGAAAGAAGUGAGUGAGCAUUGAAAGACACUGAAUACCAGCAGAAGAUUGAUUGUCAAAACUUACUAUCAAAAUGUCUACAUACGCAGAACAACAGCUUUACUAUGACGGCAAAGUCCAACAAGCAUCUUCUAAAGAAACAUUCACAACAGUCAACCCCGCAACAGGAAAACCUUUAGCACAAGUACAAAAGGCUUCUCCAUCAGAUAUUGAUUCCGCAGUAGCUUCAGCACGCAAAGCAUUCCCAUCAUGGUCCCAGACACCACCACUUGUCCGCUCCCGAAUCCUUCUCAAAGCCGUUCAAAUACUUCGCGAACGAAACGAUGAAAUUGCCAAGGUGGAAACACACGAUACAGGCAAAGCUUAUUCAGAAACCAGCGCAGUCGAUGUCGUUACUGGAGCAGACGUGCUAGAAUAUUUUGCAAACUUAGUCGCAAGUGGGGGAAUGAAUGGCGAAACUACACAAUUGAGACCAGAUGCGUGGAUAUAUACCAAAAAGGAAGCUUUGGGCGUAUGUGCCGGCAUUGGAGCUUGGAACUAUCCAAUCCAAAUUGCUCUGUGGAAAUCUGCACCUUGCUUAGCAGCAGGAAACUGUAUGAUCUAUAAACCAUCUGAAGUAACCCCAUUACAUGGCCAAAUCCUCGCACAAGUUUAUGCAGAAGCUGGAGUGCCACCGGGAGUCUUCAAUAUCGUACAUGGAGAUGGAUCAGUCGGAGGGUACUUGACCACCCAUCCAGGUAUUGCCAAAGUAAGUUUCACAGGUCAAGUUUCAACAGGACAAAAGGUUGCUGCUUCAGCAGCUGGCGGCAUGAAAUAUGUCACCAUGGAGUUGGGUGGUAAAAGUCCUCUCAUUAUCCUUCCAGAUACCGACCUUGAAAAUGCUGUCGAUGGAGCCAUGAUGGCCAACUUCUACUCCACCGGACAAGUCUGCACAAAUGGAACCCGAGUUUUCGUACACGAAAGCAUGAAAUCUGCAUUCGAGAAACGUCUUGUCGAAAAGAUGGAAUACAUUAGAGCUUUGGAACCAAUGGAUGCCAACAGCAAUUUUGGUCCUCUCGUCUCGGAAAUCCAUCACAAGAAAGUCCUCAAUUAUAUCCAACACGGAAUUGAAAAUGAUAAAGCAAAGCUCCUCUACGGUGGUCCCGAAAAACCAACCAAUAUCCCAAGUGGCUAUGAAUCAGGCUUUUGGGUUCGCCCUACAGUCUUCACAGAUUGUACAGACGACAUGCUCAUCACCCGCGAAGAAAUCUUUGGCCCAGUCCUCUGCAUCCUCACAUAUUCCACCACAGAAGAAGUUAUCCAUCGCGCCAAUGAUACAAAAUUAGGAUUGGCAGCUGGUGUCUUCGGCAAGAAUAUAAAUGAAUGUCAUGAAGUGAUCGGUCAGAUAGAAGCUGGUAUAACAUGGAUUAAUACAUGGGGAGAGAGUCCCGCGGAGAUGAGUGUAGGAGGUUGGAAAAUGAGUGGAGUAGGUGUUGAGAAUGGAAGGAGAGGAUUGAAUGCUUGGGUUAGAGAGAGAAGUACCUUGGUGCAGAAUGGGGGUGGAGAGGUGGGAACCGUUUUUUGUAAAUUGUGAAUUUGGAGUUGAUGGUGCUCAGAUAUAUCUGCAUUUCAGGGAGUUGAGGAGGAAUGAAAAGGAAUUCAAAAUGAGAAAGAGGGUUUGUUUCUCUCAUGAAUCCUAGAAUCUAGAUAGAUUAUUGGUUCACAUCAAUGAACAUAGACGUGUCUUGUGACACUAGUCACACAACACAUGCCAUUUUGGUAGAAUGAAAAGAACAUUCUACAUGCCCGUCCGAGGUCAACCAGAGACGAAAUCAUAUGUGGGAAUGUCAAGUUGAAAAUUCAAGUGUACACAUCUCGAGACAAGGGCGAAGAGUGGACAGCACAUAGCAAGACUUUGACCUUAUGUCAAGGUCAAAGAUGUCAAAAGACAAAGAUGUAAAAAAAAAAUUUACAUCUACUUUGACA